CACCGCGGCGGCGGCGGCGGCGGCGUCUCCAGCUCCCCACACCCUGCCCCCUCCCCCUCCCGUGCCGCCGCAGGCGUACGCCGACCAAAGAGGUGAGAGAUGCUGGUGCUGUUCGAGACGCCCGCGGGGUUCGCCCUCUUCAAGGUGCUCGACGAGGGCAAGCUCGACAAGGUUGAGGAUCUAUGGAAGGAGUUCACGACAUCCGACUCGGCGAGAAAGGUGGUCGAGCUGAAGGCUUUCAACAAGUUUGAGAACACAUCUGAUGCCCUUUCUGCUGCAACCCUCAUUAUUGACAGCAAGCCUACCAAGGGUUUGCGCAAGUUCUUGCAGAAGCACUGUGAGGGUGAAACAUUAGCUGUGGCUGACUCUAAACUUGGGAAUGCUAUAAAAGAGAAGCUGAAAAUUGACUGCCUUCAUAACAGUGCUGUCAUGGAGCUCAUGAGAGGGUUAAGAAACCAGCUCACAGAGCUUAUAUCUGGGCUGGGUGCACAAGACCUUGGUCCAAUGAGCCUUGGUUUAUCCCACAGCUUGUCUAGAUAUAAGCUGAAGUUCAGCCCUGAAAAGGUUGAUACUAUGAUCAUUCAAGCCAUUGGAUUAUUGGAUGAUCUUGACAAGGAGCUUAACACUUAUGCCAUGAGGGUUCGUGAAUGGUAUGGGUGGCACUUCCCAGAGCUCACGAAAAUUGUAGCUGAUAACAUACAGUAUGCAAAAGUUGUGAAGAUGAUGGGCGAUCGGACUAAUGCAGUUGACCUUGAUUUCUCUGAGAUACUUUCAGAUGAUGAUGUUGAAUCACAGUUAAAAGAGGCGGCAGUAAUAUCCAUGGGAACAGAAGUUAGUGAACUUGACUUGCUAAAUAUCAGGGAGCUGUGUGAUCAAGUGUUGGCACUUUCCGAGUACAGAGCUCAGCUGUUUGAUUAUCUGAGAAGCAGGAUGAACACUAUCGCACCAAAUUUGACUGCCCUUGUGGGCGAAUUGGUUGGUGCUCGACUUAUUGCACACGGUGGCAGUUUGGUAAAUCUGGCAAAGCAGCCUGGUAGCACAAUUCAGAUACUUGGUGCAGAGAAGGCUUUGUUCAGAGCUCUCAAGACAAAGCAUGCCACACCAAAAUAUGGUCUCAUCUACCAUGCAUCCUUGAUUGGCCAAGCAGCUCCAAAGCACAAGGGGAAGAUUUCCCGUUCUCUUGCUGCAAAAACUGCCCUUGCCAUUCGUUACGAUGCGCUUGGUGAUGGUGGAGAUAACUCCAUUGGUCUUGAGAGUCGAGUAAAGCUUGAGACGCGGCUUCGGGUUCUUGAGGGUAAAGAACUUGGCAGGUCUGCAGGUUCCGCUAAGGGAAAGCCCAAGAUAGAAGUGUAUGAAAAGGACCGGAAGAAGGGUGCUGGGGCUUUAAUCACUGCUGCCAAGACAUACAAUCCUGCGGCUGAUCUGGUACUUGGACAAUCCACUGAAGAAACACCAAAGAAGCCCGAAGGUGCUUCAAAGAAGAGGAAACAUGAGGCGGAGACUGCACCUGCAGAGGAAACCAUUCAGGAGGAUGGUGACCAAGAGGGUCAGAAAAAGAAGAAAAAGAAGUCCAAGGAGAGCGAGGAGUCUCCUGUGGCUGAUGCUGAUGGCGGCAAGAAAAAGAAAAAGAAGUCCAAGGAGAGCGAGGAGCUACCUGUGGCUACUGCAGAAGGUGAGAAGAAGAAGAAGAAAAAGAAGAAAUCUGAUUCUCAAGAUGCUGAGGAUGCUACCAUGGAAAUCGAAGAGUCUGGUAAGAAAGACAAAAAGAAAAAGAAGAAAAAGCAUAGCGAUGAAUGAGUGGUACACCAGAGAUGAGCAUGCCAUCUUUGAGUGGCAUUGCAUUGAACAUUCGCUGCUCUGUAAAAUGGAACAUUCCGGGUUUUCCAUGCCGGUUAGCUGUAGUAUAGGUAUCAUGUUGAGACUUGUUUACUCAUAGAUCUAUGUGAAUUUUGGAUGCAAGUGCCUAGUGAUUGAUUUUUGGAUCUGGAGAGCACAUAAUGCUUGCUCAUUCUAUGUGAACUAAAAUUUCUGAUC